CCUAAUUGUUGUGAUAAACCUAUUAAAUAGACAAUAGCAUGUCUCUCACUGGUAGUAAGUUACCUGUUGCAAAAGCUAAAAAGAAGUUCUUCGAUGAAUCUGCUGAUCACAUUAUGCAGACAUACGGAGGAUUGAUCCCCAUUACAGCAGCUGAUAAUUUGGUCAAAGCGUUUGCAUGGGCUGGUUCAAUUGAUAAUCCAAGUGGGGCAGUUUUUUUCACGAUGGGAAGAAACAUGUAUAUUUGGAGCAUCAAAGCUGAUCAAAAGCCGUUAAAGAAACUUGUUCUUCCUGCAAGUGAAAUUACUGUAUUAGGUCGGCAUGUUUCGCUCGCAGUUUUCCCCAGAUCAGUUUCGCUUUCUUGUGUUACACCCGCAGGAUGUCUUAGGUACUGGAAGUCUUUAAGCAACCCAAAUGGAAAUGCCGAUUACCAGAUGUCGCUGAAAGGCCAAGAAGUGCAUUCUGUCAUUCAAAUAACGUACGAAAAGUUAUUAGUAGCCACCACGUCAUGUGUUGUUUAUUUCAUUGAUACGAAUAGUUUUGAAAACAGAGAAAUAAAUUUGAACUCAAAAGGUACUUUAUCUAGGUUCUCAGCGGUUGCUUCUUAUUUUCUCCCAGCACCCGGAAAUUUGGAAAACGCGGAAGAAAUUCGACGUGUUGUAGUACCCGCUCAGUCGAAAGAACUCGUGUUUGUUGCUAGUAAUGCUAACGUGUAUUGUAUUAAUUUUAUGAGUGAAAAAGUUAUGUGGAAAAAUUGCUUCUUGCAAUUGCAUGGAAGUGAAAUUUUAGAAACUUGUUACGGAUCAGGUUCUGCGAAAAUAGUUCUAACCAACUAUGACAUUAAAAUUGUAGAUGCCAAGUUUUGGUCCGAUGAAUCGGAAAUAGUUCUGUGCAUCUCUAUGAGAGCUCUGCGAGGCGACUCGCAAAAUAGUCACAUUAUGAAGUUUGCAUUUGUCUUGCUACAUCAAAACGAUUUGUCGAGUGUUAAGGGGGACAACAUAGACAUCAAUAUCUUCCCAUCCAAGUUGGAACUGCCUCUGUCUGAUGUAGAAAAUGGAGACGGGAGAUUUGAGUUAGAGAUACCAUCUGCUAAAUACUGUGAAUGCAUUCUGAGGAGUAACAACAAAAUCAUUCACUUGACAUCAAUGUUCAUGCAAAACCCUGAAGAUGUUAAAAUUGACAUCGUUGACUUGUCCAAAACUAAUGAUUGCGUGAUAGCUGCUGGCAUCCAUGAGGACAGUUUUCUUCUUUUGACCGGCAAGAAAGGGUUAAUCUCUUAUACAAGCAAGAAUCCUAAACAUUUGAGAGAAUUUCAAUCAUUGUCAACCUUACAACAAAGUCUUAAAGACAUCUACGAAAAUUACGCUUCAGAACCCUGUAUACAAUUGCUGCAAUAUUUUCUGCUAUUUGCCCAAGCGAAAUCGUCACAAAAACGUUUGCUUUCUCUGUGCGACAACUACUUUGCAGAGAUAUCAGUUAGGCCCGAUUUCGACUACUUGGUUUACAACUGUGCGUUGAGUAUUUUAGAUGGAGCUUACAAUGAAAUAUCAGAUUUUGAAGAAGAAAUGGAUACUACUGAUUUGAACAUACCAAAGGUACUGGCACAGAAAUUAAAUUUGAUGACGUCGUUUCUUGACUUUGUGGCGACAUCGGGGCUCGCCGAGAAGUUGACUGCAAUCGAAAAGCGAUCUUCUGAUAACAAAGAAAACAAAAUUGAUAUGCCGGUUGUCCCAACAAUGGUUGCUGUAUUUUCGCUCCUCGAAUUUGUAGCUUGUGCUGAAUCGUUUUACGAAUUACACUGUAAGCACAAUUCAUUCUUUGACACGUUUAUAAGAGUUGUCAUGGAAAACAGAUCCAGUUCUGGAGUUCCGAACGAUUACGUAAUUAAGUUCUACAAAAAUGUUGCAAAUUUUGAAGAUAUUUUUGGAGUAAUUUCUCUUGCCCAGAAAAUUGGUAAUGUUGAUCUGAAUUAUGAGAAUGCUUUCGUGAUUGUCGAACUGUUUAAAGAAACCUUCACGAAAACUUCGCACUGUCGUGAAGUAAUAGGCGGACCCAUUGGGGAAUCAGAAGGUCACUGCUACUGGAACGUCACUGAAGAUUUCUUAGAAUACCUGCUUGUUCAUCUAAACUGGAUUAAGAAUGGUCCUGACAUUUUACACAACAGCACUACAUCAAUGGAACUUGUGCAAGCUCAUUUUGACUUAGCUGUUGUAUGUUUGCAAUCACUGUCCUUGUUUUUCAAAUCUAUCGAAAAAGAAGCGGACACCGUAUUGUCGUUGCUAGUUGAAAGCUACGUCAAGAAAAUGAGGAGAGCAUUUAUUAGGUUCUUUUUUGACGUCAAACAACAAAUGCACGGUCUUGCAUUAGCCGAAAAGUUCCUGGAUUUUGAAACUCUCAUUGGAACAUGUGUAGAAGAGAACAAGUUAGACAAACUGCUUCAUUAUCAAGACGCAUUCAAAGACAAACAUUUUGAUCUGUAUUUGAUAAGAUGGCUAUACGACCACAACUGCAUAAAACUUCUGUUGUCUUUGAAAUCACCAGCGUUGUUACCCUUCCUGCAAAAAACGCCAGAGCUAAGAUGGGUUUUGGAAGCCAAAGAGAAACGUUGGAAAGAUGCGACGGCUUCGCUGUACAGUUUAUGUACUUCGGACUUAGAGAUGACUCUCCAUAAAAAGAGGUUGCUGCUAGCUUUUGCGAAAAUGUAUUGUAUACUUUCGAGGAAUCAAGAUGAAAUCCGAAAGGAGAUUGGGAAAAUGAUGUCGAUGCUAGAAAUUCAGGCGAAUCUGCCCGACAUGGUCAAAGAGAAAUAUGACAUAUUCGAUGACAAGACUGCGUCUGUAUUAGAGCCACAUGAACUCGUCAAUUUGCUGCUGGAGAGCGCCCACAUGGCACAGACUGAAGAACAACUAGGGUACUGCUGCUCCGCUUUCAAAGUGCUCCAGGAAAUAACGGAUUUCAAAAUCCUCGAAGAACUGAAGCUCUCCAUCUGGAAAAGUGUCGUUUCUGCGUCUGAAUGGGGACAAGUUGACAUGAACAAACCAAACUACAUGCACGCUGAGCUGCCAAAACUGCUAUUCUACGAAUGCCUCAAACACUGCGUCGAAAAUAACAUCGAAGCACACAUAGCCAAUAAAACUUCACUGCUGAAAAUUGUAGAUGAGUUGAUGGGAGAUGAUGGUAGAGAUGAACUUGAGAGUACCUACGGAGGGCAGAUGGGUUCAUCUGAGGUGAAACUAGUUUUGUGUGCUUCUUUGCAAGCUCUUCAUUUGGAAACUGAAUAAGCUUAAAACUUUUGAUUGAUUCGUUUUGAUUAUUUAAUGUUGAGUUUACGUUUUGCUGUUGAUCAUAGCAUUUGAGCCUUUAACGCGUAAUAGAAUUAUGAAAUAUUCACCAUAUUUUUGUGAGCAUUUGAUGAAAAUGAAUUGGAAUUGUUGGCAACCUUG